GAAAAUGUGAAUUUUUUAAAACAUAAACACUCGCCACUAUCUUAAAGUCACAAGUGGGUUCAUCUGCUCCAUUUGUCCGUAACUUCCAGGUUAGAACCGCCUCUUUGCUGCCAUUUUAUCUUCUACUUCAUAGGCUCAUAACAUAUUCUUCUAUUCAAUAUUUUUGGAGAUCUACACGCCUGGUCGUUCUAUCGUACUUUCGAUCAACGUUUUAGUCAUCUAAAUCAUAGUCUAGCCCUAUUGGACGAGUUUGGGGAAUAUGAAGAUGAGCUUGAACGAGUGUAAUAAAAAAUGUCUACUGUGGAAUUCACUUUCCAUUUGCAACGACAUAAGAUUGGGAGCAACAAUUGUGUUAGAGGAAUGGCACCAGGUAGUAAGGAAAAGGUUCAAAUGAAAAGUCAGUCUCAACCAAGUAUUCGACAGCAUGCAUCCAAGAAAGCUUCACAGAAGUACGUAACUCUCGGGGGAAUUCGGGGAGUUCUACAAAAUUCAAAAACACCUGUUAGGGGAGAAGUUGUUGAUACAAGAAAGAGGAUAUUUGCACAAAAUAUGUCCUCUAAAAGAUGUGCAACAACUACAACACAACAUAGUCCUGAAAGCAUCGAAGCAGAUGCAAGUCCAAUUCAUGAAAAUUCAGUCAGUGGUAGUCCUCAUCGUGCAUCACCAGAAAGGACUGUUGAAGAAGCUUCUCGUCCUAAGAAAAGAGGUCGUGGUCAAACGAUGGGCAAAGGAAUUAUGAGGGCAUUUGCAGCGUCUAAGACAAAAAUGAAGGUAACCGUGGAUCCAUAUAUCGGAAGACCAAAAGAUGGAGAAGAAUCGGCAAAGCUUUCAAGUCAAAUCGGUAUAAUUACUCGUGAUGUACUUCCUGUGCCAAGAAGGUGGAAAGAAGUAGAUGAGGAGAAUGGGCUGGAACCUGGAUUUGAUCAUAUACAGAUGCAUAUGGAUGUUAAUUUUGCUGAUCCUGGUGUGAAAGAAAGCUUAAUUGGAAGACUGAAAAGCAGUUCUCGGCAAAAACGUUACCAGCUACACAUGCAUUACAAACAAUUUCAAACUUUGGAAGAAGCUAAAGAAAAGAAGCCUCCAACUUUCCUGAGCCAAGAAAAUUGGGAAUUACUGUGUGAUCAUUUUGCAUCUCCCGAGUUCCAGAAAUCAAGUAUUACGAACACAGAAAACAGGAAGUUGGUGCGAGCUCCACACAUUACAGGCAGAAAACCUUUCACUGUUCGACUACAUGAAAUAGUGAGUCUAUUUUUUUAAUAACUAGAAACUAAGUAGUAUUGAAUUCAGUAAGUGAAUUUUGAUUGCAAUCUAAUGUUUUGAGGUUUGAAUUUGGAUUUAUUUGAGAUUAUAUGAAGAGUGUAAAGUGUUUGUUUCACUUAGCGUAAUCUUUAGCAGCAUGAACAACCACUAUAUUCGCCUCAUUGUUAAUCCUUAGCAUCUUCAUUGUUAAUCUUAUGCAUCUGGUCCUCACUUCCAAACAUGGUUACUAAUUCAACAAAAAUUCAUGUUUUAUUAAGUAAUAAUUUCAAUUUAGAACUAUUAUCGUCACUAACUCGUUAUAUUAUAUAUGUAAUACACCGGUGUCAUCAUGUAUGUGGACAGUAUUCUAAGAUACUGGACACAGGGUAAAAACUGUCAGCUUCUCCCAGAAGCAUUAACAAUUUUGAUUUUACAACUAAUGUCUAUUUUCACUAAAUUAUGUUUUGUUUAUUUUCAAGUUUUGGUUAAAUAUACAAUGAAUGAUGUGAUCUUUAGCAGUUGGAGUUCCUGUGUCCAAAGCAUGAGCUUUAGGCUUUUAAAAUUGAACUUGACAACCUUUUGCUUCCUCUAUAUGCCUAACUUGGUGAAAUGCUUGAUCAAUUAUUUAAAACUUCAAAUCAUUUCUGUGGGUUUAAUGUUUUCAUUGGUAAUUUUGAUUCAUUACAUUCAAACUUUGUUAUCUUUUGUGUCCUUGGAUUGGUAUGGUAUUGUUCAAGAUUCUCCAUGCUAAUUAGCAGUGUUGUAGAAUAAUAGAGUUUGGUGCAGCCACGGUAGUCAAAAGCGCGCGCAUCACCGCUUAAGCGCACAAGGCGUAGCGAGCUUCACCCUCAUCGCCUUAGAAUCGUAGAAGCGCGGCUUUCUGGCUCAGGCGCAGCAUAAGCGUAUAAGCGCAGGAAGCGCUGAAGCCCUAUGAGGCUCACGCUUUAGUCGCCUGAGACGGAAAAGGCUUACAACCUUUUUUUGGUUUAAAACUUUGACAAGUAAUUAACCCAUAUCUUUAAUAGCAGUCAGCCAAAAAAAUAGGGUAAAGCCAGCUAAACCUACAUAAAACUAAGAGUGAAGUACAUAAAAGGUAAAACUUGCGCAAGCCACUUCAGCUAUCACCGCUAGCCAUCCCCGCUCUUCACUCUCCUGGCUAUCCUCACUCGACACUCAGCUCUUCACCAGUCAGUUCUUUCAGCUUCCUAGUUCUUUCAGCUUCCUUCAUCAUCUGAAGCAUACUCAGCUCUACCUCGCAGCACUAAACAAGGAUAUGGAAGGUGAAACAAGUUCUGUGGGUGGUGCUGAAAGUGACAACUCUACAAAAAAAUGACCCAGCUUGGAACCACAACUACUUGGUUAAGCCAUGAAUUCUGAAUUUGAAUCAUGACUUUAUUUUGGUGCUAAAAGGCCCCUAGCGCUUCAAGUGUGCCUUACGACUUUGACUACCUUGGGUGCAACAUAAGUUUUUAUACCAAAAAUGUUUGUUGUUAGUUCAUAACUCUUAAUUUAUGCUAAUCAAUAUGCCUUAUAGUCUCUGCAGGAAUUAAAUGGUGAUUCUUGUGAUAGGAUUGAACUCUAUAAACGAACUCAUUUUUCAGAGAAAAAAGGUUGGUCAUCUGAAGUUGCAGAAGAAAAUUGGGAAAUGAUGAAAAAGAAACAACAACAGUACGAAGAAGAAGGAAUUGAAAAGAGCACAGAUGAGAUAGUUCUUGAGGUUCUUGGCCAUGGGUCCGGCUACAUCAAAGGUCUUGGUUACGGUCCUAAACCUACAAGUAGACGCAACAACCUUAAUUCUUUUGCGACCGAACAACUCCAGAAAGAACUUCAUGAAACACAAGAAAAAUUACACAGUUCUGAAGCACAAGUUGGAGAGCUUAAGACUCAACUACAAGAUACUGAUAAAGAAGUGUUCGAUUUGAGAAAUCAAUUAGCUCAACAGGCUUCAAACGUAGCUCAACAAGCUUCAAAAGUGGAAAAACUCAUGGCAUUUAUGGCUACUCAGGGAAUGACAGUCUAAUCACUGUUUUUGGAUUCACAACCAAGUUCUCUUUUUAGUUUUCUGUUUAGGUUUCAAUUUUUUAAGUUAGCUAUCUCAUAGUUUCCUGUUUAGGUUUUGACGUUUUGUAGUUAGAUUAAUAAGAUAUUUAUAGUUUAAGUGUUUUGCACAAUUUAGUUCUUCUGGAUAUGAGAAUGAGUUUCAAUGGGCAGCUUGUUACUAAUAUUUAUCAAUUUUAAAUGUUCAUUAAUACAUGUCGUACAUUUUAA